AUGUCAAAAAAUCCAUUCGAUGAAGAACCAUCUUCUUGGGAUUCUGGUCCUCACACCACAAACCCUUUUGAUAAAAAGUAUGCGAACUGCGACAACAACCUCGCUUUUGCGACUCCGCAGUCGCGAACGCUGGCUAGCCAACAGCGAGCGCUAGACAUCAUGAGUCAUUCGGAGCAUAUUGGGAUCAGCACAUUGGAAGAAUUAUCGGAGCAGGGUGAAAAGUUGGAUCGCGCUGAACGGCGUCUCCACCAAAUUGGUGAAUUGCAGAAAGACAGUCAGAAAAGUGUCAAUGCUCUCAACAGUUGGUGGAGGGGUUGGUUCUCAAAGAAGUCAGCACCUGGUUGUACGGCUGAACCAACCAAAGUAGAAGCAGCAGCACCAGUCACGAGGGAUCAACCUGCCCCAGCAGCUUCAUACCUCUCACAGAACGCUCGAUCAGUGCCACCUCCGUCAUCCCAGUCAUUUCCUCAAUCCCAGACCACACAGCCGCGUUCCCAGUUCGACGUCAAUAUGGAUCUUAUGUCGUCAGGGAUGUCGCGCUUGCGGGAUAUGGCAACGGCCAUGAAUGCAGAGCUAAAGGCGCAAAACCAACAGCUAGAUCGUAUGGAACCUGCGUUGUCGAGCGUCUCGGACACCAUGACGACGCAAAACCGACAGAUGAAAACACUCCUGGGUGUGAAGUCGUCGCGUUAG